UGCCGUCAAAUUCGUAAAGCAGUCGUCUCAAGCUUGUCUAGUAUGGCUUUCUUUGGACCAGAAUCUGCAAUCGGCAGCGAUAUUCUGGAUAUUGGAUCGCGCAAGGCUCUGACAAAGCGACAGCGCGGUAUCGGGGUCGACCUUGGCGUCCCGGGACAGUUUGACGUGCCCAAUGUUCCUGAUCCCGCUUUAUACUGUCGCAGCAACUUCGCCUCCGCCUGCGGUAAUGCCGACGCUGGACAAGAAGUGAAGUUUGCCAAAGGAACGACAACCCUUGCUUUCAAGUUCAAUGGUGGAAUCAUUGUCAGCGUCGAUUCGCGCUCCACAAUGGGUUACUACAUUGCGUCCGGAACAGUCAAGAAGGUCAUCGAAAUCAAUCCAUUUUUGCUCGGAACCAUGGCUGGAGGCGCUGCAGAUUGUUCCUUUUGGGAGCGAAACCUGGGAAUGGAAUGUCGUCUGUACGAGCUCCGCAACGGCCGUCGCAUUACUGUGGCGGCAGCCUCCAAGCUAUUGGCCAACGUCAUGAGCGCUUACCGCGGCUACGGUCUCUCCAUGGGAACUAUGAUUACUGGCUGGGACGAAACCGGCCCUCAGCUGUACUACGUUGACAACGACGGCACCCGCCUCAAGGGCAAAUACUUUUCGGUAGGCAGUGGUUCGAUGUACGCCUACGGUGUUCUGGACAACCACUGGCGUGAAGAUCUAUCGGUGGAAGAGGCCAUUGACCUUGGCAAGCGCGCUAUAUAUCACGCCACUCACCGAGAUGCCGCUUCGGGUGGUAUCAAUAACCUGUAUCACGUGACCGCCGACGGAUGGAAGUACAUUCAUGGAAUUGACGUCAACGAUAUGCACUACGAGUUUGCCGAGGAAAAGAAGAAUGCCAUGUCUUCUUAAAGAAACACACGUAGACAGAAUUUACUAUU